AUGGCUCGAGACCGCGAUGGCCUCUUCUCCGAGAAGCAUUACGACGAUGACGCCGCCCUUGUUCCCUCCGAGUCGGAAUCGGAGAAUGGAAGCGAAAGCGAGGAGGAUGUUCGAGAUGGUGACAGGGAUAUCCUUGACGAAACCGAAGAGCAUGAGAAGUUGCUACAGAAGCCUUCGCGGCUAGAAAGAGCGCGCGGUGCAUUUGGGCUGCGCGAUGGUCGACAGGAGGGAGGAAGCAGUGGCAAGCGGGCGACGAAGAGCACGAGCCGCAGAUCUCGCAAAAGGGGGAUGAGCACUCCGGACAAGUUGGAGGGUGGCUUCACAGACUCUAACUCUGAAGACUCGUUCGAGAUCCAAGCCGGCAAGUGGGAAGGCAAGACUUCAAAGAAGUCCCAUGGGGGUCGUCUGGCCAUGAUAUACCUUGCGAUCACUGGCCUCUUCGUCGCCCUGCUGUUCGGUGCAUAUAAGGCGUCAUCCAAGAAACACAAAUUGGCACCGACAGAGCAUCGACUGACCAGGUACAACAAUGGAACCCAUAUCUUCCGCCCGACGACGAUCUUCAUAUCUCUCGACGGUUUCCGCGCCGACUUUCUCAACCGGAAUAUCACUCCGGCACUGAAUGCCUUUAUAGCAAGCGGAGUAUCGCCGAAAUAUAUGCUGCCGUCGUUCCCCUCCGUCACCUUUCCAAAUCAUUUCACUCUGAUGACGGGUCUGUACCCAGAGAGUCACGGCGUGGUCAGCAAUCAGUUUUGGGAUCCAGAAUUUCAGGAAGAGUUUUGGUACACCAACGUCAGCGUGUCAAUGCAACCGAAAUGGUGGAAUGCAGAGCCACUAUGGGUAACUGCUGAACAUCAGGGCGUGCGGUCCGCCAUCCACAUGUGGCCGGGCUCUGAAGCUCAUAUACCAGACGUUGAGCCAACGUAUAUGGACAAAUACAACGGGACUGAAGCGUUACCGCGCAAGGUCGACAGUAUACUACGUUGGCUGGACAUGCCUGGUGAUGAUGACGUGGAUGCCGCGGCGCAUGAAGACCUUCGCCCACAGUUUAUCGCUGCCUACGUUCCUAACGUUGAUGCUGAUGGACAUCUGUACGGUCCAAACAGCACAGAGAUCCGAGCCACGAUUGCCGAUGUGGAUAGCAUGCUGACAAUGCUUGUCGAGGGUCUCCUUGCACGCAACCUCACGGAAAUCGUUAACAUGGUCAUCGUCUCCGAUCACGGCAUGGCAACCACCUCCACAAGUCGACUGGUCCAGCUCGACGAUUUGAUCGAUAUGUCCUUGGUGGACCACAUCGAUGGUUGGCCCCUCCGCGGUCUGCGCCUGAAGAACCCUGACCGUGACAUCUCCAUUCUAUACGAGGCGCUGUCUGAGAAAGCGGCGGAAUCAGGGAACUUCAACGUCUACACUCUCGAAACGAUGCCAGAGCGCUAUCAUUUCACCAAGAACGACCGAAUUGCUCCAUUGUGGAUCGUCCCAAAGACGGGUUGGGCUGUGGUCGAAAAGUCCGAUUUCGAUGUGGCUGACGCCCUAGCAACUGGGGAAGAAUACGCUCCGAAGGGCCUUCACGGCUAUGAUCACGAGCAUCCUCUGAUGCGUGCCAUCUUUGUGGCAAGAGGCCCGGCAUUCCCCCACGAACCCAACAGUCAAUUACCUAUUUUUCAGAACAUCGAGGUGUAUAACAUCAUGUGUGACUCUUUGGGCAUCGUCCCACAUCCGAAUAAUGGGACACUGAGAUUGCCGCUAAAACCUCAAGGUUUACACUCGGAGAACGAUAAUCCGGGUUCCGAAGUCGUGGCGGAUCCGGUCGACGAUGAGGAAGACGGGGGAGAAGACACGCCUGCUCCUGAUGAAGACCAGGAUACCUCGAAUCCGUCAACAACUGAUUCACCUCAGAGUGGAGAUGACUCUCCCACCGAUACACCUCCGGAAGGUAGUGCUCCGUCCGAUACGCCGCAGAGAGACGAUGCUUCAGCCGAUCCAUCGCCGGACAAAGAUAACCCUCCAGCCGAUGUAGGCGACGGGCAACAUAGGACAAGCAGCAGUUGGUGGAGCUUCGUCCAUGAACAGCUUGAGAAAGCCAAAGAAUGGGCCAAGGAGUUUGUGGACUCGAUCAAAGGCAACAAGGAAGGAGAAGGCGAACCACCUGUGUGA